GAUACCUCAGGUUGGCCUUUAAUUGCUCCCUUGCCUUCUUAUGGCAGAGGGAGGGAGCUCCCUGGUGGAAGGUACAUGAGCUUUAUUCAUGGAGAUGAAGUUCAUGAUGUGAUCAUCACUGGUGAAAAUGGGACCAUUGAUGGCCAAGGAGAUGUCUGGUGGAACAUGUGGAGGCAAAGAACUCUGCAAUUUACUAGACCGAAUCUAAUCGAAUUGGUGAACUCUAGGAACAUUAUCAUAUCGAAUGUGGUAUUCCGGAACUCUCCCUUUUGGAACGUUCACCCUGUUUAUUGCAGCAAUGUUGUCGUCCGCUAUGUGACUAUAUUGGCUCCACACGACUCUCCGAACACUGACGGAAUUGAUCCAGACUCAAGCUCCAACGUCUGCAUAGAGGACUCUUACAUAUCCACCGGAGACGAUCUCGUUGCCGUAAAGAGUGGAUGGGACCAAUAUGGAAUUGCAUACGGCCGCCGCAGCUCUGGCAUCACGAUUCGGAGGGUGACUGGCUCAUCACCGUUCGCUGGAAUCGCAAUAGGAAGCGAAACCUCUGGCGGGGUGCAGAACGUCUUGGCGGAACACAUAAACCUCUACAACACUGGAGUUGGUAUCCACAUAAAGACAAACAUUGGCAGGGGAGGGAUCAUAAGGAACAUCACAAUAAACAACGUCUACAUGGAGAAUGCAAGGAAGGGAAUAAAGAUUUCAGGAGACGUCGGAGACCACCCCGAUGACAGAUUUAACCCAAACGCUCUACCUGUUGUCAAGGACAUCAAAAUUAAGGAUGUUUGGGGCGUCGGGGUUCUCCAGGCAGGUCUAAUACGAGGAUUAAGAGACUCUCCUUUUACUGGAAUUUGCCUUUCCAAUGUCCACCUUCGUGGAAUGACCGAACCACGAACACCUCCAUGGCAAUGCUCCGAUGUGCUUGGGGCCUCGGUUCAGGUAAGCCCUUGGCCGUGUGCACAGCUCAGCAGCACCCAACAAAGAGGCUCUUGCUCCGAUCACUUCUAAAAUAAUAUGUAAAAGUUCCAAUCUU